AUGGUGCGUAAUUUUACCAAACUGGAAGAACAUAUUAUUGAGUAUUUGGAUCAUCCUCAAUUGGCUAUCAGGAAUUUGUUGCCUAGAAAACUGGAUCCGCUAGAUACCUUUAACGAGGUAGCUGCAGCGGCACUGACAUUGACUGGGUUUCAACACGUUUCGCAAGUAGGCGAAAUGAGAGGUCACUCUGCACUACUGAGUGCUUCGGUGGAACGCUGGAAGCCAGAGACUCACACAUUUCAUCUUUCGGUUGGUGAAUUGAUGGUGACGCUAGAAGAUGUGAGCUAUAUUUUUGGUCUCCCGAUUAAUGGGGAGGCCGUUACGGGUAGAUCAGAUAGCAGUCACCAGUUUUUGGUGGAAAACUGCAUUGCGUGUUUUGGUCGGGAGUCCGAUCCGGAAGAUCACGUGUUGGGGAAGGUUAAUAUUGCUUGGGUCCGGCGGUGCAGAGACACCGAGAAACGGGGAGCGUUUUAA